UCCACCUCCGCGACAGUAGGGGGCGGGUAAGAUGCUAGUCAUUGUUUAAUACAGAAGAAGUGCUUGUUGCUAACUGUGUCAGACAGACAAGUCUGAGUACUCCAAACACAGUACAGCGUUUUCAGAAAGAAUGGAUCAAAAAAUUCCCUAUGAUGACUACCAGCUCCCAGUGGUAUUCCUGCCUUCUUAUGAGAACCCGCCAGCAUGGAUACCCCCACAGGAGCGUGUUCAUCACCCUGACUACAACAAUGAGCUCACCCAGUUCCUACCUCGCACCAUCGUAUUGAAGAAACCUCCUGGAGCCCAGCUGGGCUUUAACAUCCGUGGGGGCAAGGCGUCACAGUUAGGAAUCUUUAUAUCCAAGGUUGUCCCAGACUCAGAUGCCCACAGAGCAGGACUACAAGAAGGAGACCAGGUUCUUUCGGUGAAUGAUGUUGAUUUCCAAGACAUAGAGCACUCUAGAGCUGUAGAGAUUCUGAAGACUGCACGAGAAAUACUGAUGAGGGUUCGCUUCUUUCCUUACAACUACCAAAGACAGAAGGAGAGGACUGUACACUAGGUGGCAGCAAAGAGAGAGAGAGAGAGGGUGAGAGAGAGGUGGACGGACACGUCACCACACGUCAUUGCCCUCCUCCCACAGACUCUGGCCUCCAUUCUGUCUCUGCUUCAGGAUGACUGAUGUAUGACUAACAAACCCAUCCAAAGUCCUCCAUGUAAUGACAACAUAAACUGUGUUACAUGCUCAGUUUCCUCUCUCACGCCCUAAACUGCUGUGAUCUGUGAUGAUUUCUUCUCCAUCAGGAUGCAUUUACAGGAAGUGACAUUUAUAGUUUCUUGGAAUUCAGAAAUGUAUAAAGCUGAUAGAUAUUUUAUAUCAAGCAUAACAUUUAGAGACCCUGCAUAACUUAAUUAGAUGUCUCUAUUGUAGUCAUAGAAAUAUAACAAAAGUAUAACAUAAUUUUUCUAGUUCAGAUUAGCACUGACAAAUAUAGACAAAUAUAUUACUAUCUGUAACUGUAUCUAAUGAACUGGCAAUUGAGUGUUUAUACAUGUAAAAAAAAAUGUAUAUAUGCCUUAGAUUUUACUAGACAUCCACACAUUUGCUGCAAAGACAGCGUGGCCUCACAUACUGUAAGAGCAAAUGAUGUUGAGUGCACAGCACCUAGUAGAUUUUUAAAUUGUCAUUGUGAAUACACUGUAUAUCCUUUUUGUUUCUUAAUUCAACAGCUAGUUGUAAUUGUGUGGGAAAUAUUGAGUUGUGUAAAUAUAUUCCAGUGACUGCUUUUGUGGAUCCAGCAUUACGUUAAUACUGUCAAGUAUAAAUUCUGUUCAUACCUGGUAAGUUUUAUAUACACUACUCCUGGGCUGAAUGAUAUGAGUUACUUAAUGUACGAGCUGAUUGAGGUACCAAAAUGUUGCGAGCGUAACUUUUGUCAUGCUGUUGAAGUGCAUGAUAACAGCACAUUGUGCCCUGUAUUUUAGAAUAUUGAUAAAGCCUAUAAUGAGGUGUUAAUAUAUGUGUGAUGGAGAUCCUGAGGGCUGCAGAUUUUCUUUCUGGCUGAAGACUCUGGCACUUUUACACACGUGCUUAUCAGUAAAAUCUUCAAAUGCAUCUGUAACCAUUUGAACAUUUUUAGAAAACAUUUGAAUAGCCCUGGACUUAGACUACACAAAGUGCAUGUAUUUUAAACAACAAAGACCUAUGUAAAUACCUGCCUGUUACAUCUCAACACUGUCCUAUUCUGUUGUACACUAAUAAUUUUCAUAAAGGAAAAAGUUUAGGUUUUCCAUCUGAUUCACUUUUUUCUCAUUGGUCCAGAGCUCAUCAUGAAACAAACCCUUAAAGUGUUUUUUAAAAUAAUUUUUCAUAUAUUAAAAAAAAACUUGAUACAUUGAUAAGUAAAAGAAAUAAAAACGUUUUGAACUCUA